AGAUCGGACUUCGGGCCUCUUUCGCCUCCCGCCGGGUGGGAUGAACGGGAAUGCCCAUCCCAAAGAUGGCCGCAGCGGCUGACGGAAAAAAGGCGCCCGCCUAUUACAAAUGGGGCGGUGCCUGUCCUUCUGGGCUGAGUUCGCCUCGUUAGCCCUAGCAGCGCCUUCCUUGCCUGGCCGCCGGCUGAAUCUGACUCCCGCCGACGAGGAGGACAAAGUCAAGACGAUGCUGGGACUGUCGCUGUUGGUGGGCUUCAGCACCGGUUGGCUCCUGUACUAUUGGGUGUGCGUCCCCAAGCACCCACUACUGGUAGCUUGUCAGCCUUUCCAGGCCUUCUUGGAGAAAUAUUGUCCCAUUGUGAAGGAGACGUUCUACCCUACACCAUGGUGCUUUGAGGGUCGGCUUCAGACCAUUGUCCGUGUCUUUAUCAAAUCCUGCCCAUUUGUCUCCUACCGCAGUGAACUGCUACAAACUGCAGAUGGAGGACAGCUGUUCCUGGACUGGGCUGAUCCUGAGGAAGGAAGCACUUGCCACCCUGACCCAGAAAAUUGCCCCAUUGUCCUGUUUUUGCCAGGCUUGACAGGCAACAGCCAAGAGACGUAUAUUCUGCAUUUGGUAUGCAGGACUCAGUGCCAGGGCUACAGGGCUGUUGUGUUUAAUAAUCGAGGGUGCAAAGGAGAAGAGCUGCUGACGCACCGGGCUUACUGUGCCACCAAUACUGAGGACUUAGAGCUUGUGGUGGGCCACAUCAAGUGCCAGUUCCCUUGUGCACCAUUGAUGGCGGUUGGCAUUUCUCUCGGCGGGGUCCUGGUGCUCAACUAUCUGGGGCAGAAGGGACAGGAGGCUGGACUGGUGGCUGCCAUGACCUGCUCAGUGAGCUGGGACUCAUUUGAGACAAUCUACUCCCUUGAGCAGCCCCUCAACCAAUUCCUCUUCAAUCAGUACAUCACAGCCAACUUGUGCAAGCUGAUCAAACGACACAGAAAGGUCAUUGAAGAGAGAUUAGAUGUGGAUCACGUGCUGAAGGCUCGCAGCAUCCGGGAAUUUGAUGAGCGCUAUACAGCUGUGGCCUUUGGUUACAAGUCAUGUCAGGAGUAUUACCAGGCAGCCAGUCCCUGCCAGAAGGUACAUCGCUUCCACGUGCCAGUGUUGUGCCUGAAUGCUUCAGAUGACCCCUUCUCCCCUCAACAUGCUAUCCCCACAGAGACAGUGCAGCAUGUGCCCACCCUGGCCCUCUUAGUGACCACACGAGGUGGCCACAUUGGUUUCCUGGAAGGGCUCCUGCCUCGGCAUCAGAGUUACAUGGACCGUGUCUUUACCCAGUUUAUGGAUGCUGUUUUCAAACAUCAGGAGGAACUGGCAGCUGUAGUAGCAGCCAUGGAAUGCCAACAGUUUGGACAGAACUUAAAUACAAAGAUACCCAGCACGUGAUCAAGAGCCAAGAUGAUCCUCCUUCCCAUACAGAGGGAAGGUGUGAAUGUGACCUCCGUUAGAGGAGACACCUCUGAGGCAGAACUGAUGGCACUACCAUGCACAGUGUCGCUUCUGUCCUCCUGGGAUACCUGUUCCUUUUUCCAAGGGGCUUCUAGCCAGAAUCUGCUGCUAUGAAGGGCAAGCACGGAUGACUGUGGAGAUGCUGUAAUGAUGAUCAGCAGAAUACAGGAUUGCUUUCCUAAUAUUUUGGCAUGUGGCUGUUUGUUCCAAGCAUGAAGUUGGCAUCAACUAUUCCCUAUUGUUUUAAUACCUCCACCCUGGAUUCUCCUGUACAGAACAGCUCUGUGUGCCUUUCUCUAAAAAAUAUUUGGCUAAAAGUUUAGAGAAACUGCAGGUGAAAUAGUGGGUUUUAAAUUGUGCCUGAGGCCAUAUCUUAGAAUGACGCUUUGCAAAAAAGGAGAUGGUUACCAGACACUUCAUCCUACAAUCCCCUGCCCUGUUUUCAGCCUGAAUCUCUGUCAACCAGCCUCUGCUGCAUUUGGGAAGGUAACUUGUUAGAUACUUUAAUACCAUCUUCUGGAAUGGUUUCUGCCUCGGGGAAUAGUUAAUAGUGUUUGGUCCUUUUCCUCUUCUGAAAAAUCAGCUACAGUACUUCCAUUGCAUGAAACCUGGAUCAAUCUUCCCCAAGAGAGGAGACCCCAGGAGAGGGGGCCAUUAUUUUGGUUUUGGUAAAAGUAAAGUUCCCUUGGUCAA